GUUGACCUCAAAGGCUAAGCGCGGUUUCGGUCCCGGCAUUAGCUAAUGUCGGUAAACAGGAAGAACAGGAUUGUCCAAGUCACUAAUGUGUCGCCAUCCGCGACAUCCGAACAGUUACGCACAUUGUUUGGUCAUGUUGGAGUCUUGGAGGAAGUCGUAGUUUAUCCACCGGACGAUAAGGAAGAGUUGGCCAGCAAGGUUUGCUAUAUACGCUACCAAGAACCUAUAAAUGCUGAAGUUGCGCUGCAUCUAAACAAUACUGUCUUCCUCGACAGGGCGCUGAUAGUCCUUCCAUUAUCGGGUGACCGCGAUGCUAUCCCAGAUGAGAAGUAUGCCAAUCUUGUUAGAGCACCUCCAAAUACCGCUGCUGGCGUUCUCCCACGCACUGCUGAUUGGCCUCUUGAUGUUAUUAGCAUGGUGGUCGGUCGUCCUGGUGAGCAGGUGAUACACACUAUGGAGCCUCGUCUUUCCAGUCUGGCAUUCCCCCUAUACCCGCCACUUCCUGCCACUACUGACGGCAGUCGCAUAGAAGAAAUUCGAAGAACAAUUUUGGUUACGAAUCUUGAUCCAAAGACAACAGGUGAUCAGGUACUAGAGUUCUUCAACAAACAUGCCGAAGUACGCUGUGUACGGAUGGCGGGGACCGACUUUGACCGAGCUGCUUAUGUGGAGUUCACUCAACAACCGUCAAUUAUUAAGGCUUUCGGUCUAAUGGGGGCCACACUGAACGGCCGCCAGAUAAUGGUACAACACUCCAACUGUGCGAUUAUUAAACCUGCCAACAAUGUUGCUAUGCUUGAUGAGACAUCAAAACGCUCAGUCACAAACGAACAAGCUUCAAGUGUUGGUGGUCACAGUAGCAAACACAGUGAUCGAAGGCGCUCACGUUCCCGAUCCCGUGCUCGACGUUCUCGAUCCAGACGCAGGUCAACUUCAAGAAGAUAUCGUAGUCGGUCUAGAGAUAGGAGACGCUCCCAUUCUCGUCACAGUCGAGAUAGAAGACGGUCUCCAACGCAGUCACGCUCCAGGUCUCGCGGACAUCGCCACCGCACACGUUCGCGAAGCAAGGAUUAUCGGAGAAGUGAUCAUGCUAGGUCAAGGUCUCACAAUCGCAAAAAGCAUCGGCAUUCUCGUUCGCACUCAAGUCGUCGAUACUCACGUAGUCGAUCUAAAGGUCACCGAGGCGACCAUCGUGACCGGCAAAACAGAAACACCCGUGAAAGGGAUCGGACAAGGGACCGCGAUAGGGAUCGUGAAAAAAUCCGAGAAAGAGAACGUGAAAAAGAACGUGAGCGAAAUCGUGGACCUGAUCGCAGAGAUCGUGAAAAAUAUCGUCACUGUGAAAGAGAAUCUGAUGACAGACGGGAUUGCAAGCCGAAAAAACAUCGAGAUGUUCCAGCGAAGCAAAGUCACAGCAACGGAUCAGUUCGACAAGAAAAGAGAGAAAAGAAUUCAGAAAUUAACAACCGUCCGAGUUCAAUUUUGGAUGAGGUUCCAUCCUCAAAGAAAGACAAACAUACGGACAGUAUCAGCAGUUGCAGCGACAUUGAAGAUGAGAAUAGUAAGAUAUGUCCUGCUGAUAGUAUGGAGAAUGGAAAGACUCAAAGUGAUGACGACACUCAGUCUAGUAAUGAGCAACCACCUAAACCUACAGUUGUGGGUGUGAAGCUAGCAGGCCCUGAAGAUAUGGACCAUUUAUCUCCCGAGAACGUACAAUCAGAGCUACCCCUCAUUUCACACAUUUCACCUGAAAGCGACUCAUCUGGUGAAGCUAUGGACACAGAGGCAUAAUUUAUCCAUUGAAUACCUUAAUUUUACUAACCAAUGUAUCAUAUGUAACCUUCCGUCUUCGUUUUCAAUUAUGAUGUAGCGGGGAUCAAGCAAUCAGUCAUUGUGAUGUAGAGAUACUGUGACAGCAAAUAAAUUUCCUCGAAUGGAAUAGAAAUCAUCUCAACAAAACAAUAAAAGCAGGAC